CCAUACUACAAUAUUUUAGUUAGUUAUAAUGGCAAAAAAAGGCACCAAUUCAACAAGUCAUCGCGAAUCUGCAGCUUACAGAGCAGCGAAAAGGAGCGACCAAAAAUCAAUCGAAGUUUUACGCAAUUUUUGGAGAGAAGAAGCUAUGUCGCCGUUGAAUAAUGGCGGCGACACAAUUCUCCAUUUUCUCGCUGUUCACGGGAACGCGACUGCGCUAAAAUUACUUAGCGAGGAACGGCCAUUUAGUAGUGAAGACUUGAGAACUAAAAAUAAUAAUGGAAAUACGGCUUUACAUGAAGCUGCUAGAUUCGGCCAAAAAGAAAUUGUGGAAAUAAUGUUAAAUUUGGAUAGUGGACUUGUUUCGGAGAGGAAUAGUAAGGGAGAGACACCAAUUUAUGUUGCGGCUAUGAAUGGAGAAAAAGGAGCAUUCACUCCGUUGACUGACAAACUUUUUAGUGAUGAGUUUACUAUGAUUAGGAAUGAUGGAAGCACCGUACUUCAUGCUGCCGUAACUCACGAGUGUUAUUACUUUGCAUUACAUUUGCUGAAAAUAUAUCCAGAAUUAGCCAGGAAACGUGACGGAGAGGGUAUGACAGCAUUAAAUAUAUUGGCCACAAAGCAUUUGUCUUUUAGGAGUGGAUCCAUCUAUACAGUCGGACAAAUUGGCACUACCUCUUUUCUUCCUAUGCAGGCCCUUGAAAUCUUUAUGUAUUUCUGCAUACCAGCAGAGUAUGAAGAGUCCAAACCUAACAACAACUUGGAGGAUCCAGAGACUACUACAGAUGUCCUCGUUAAAAAAAGGUCUUCAUUUGUUAACUUCCUACUAGAUAAUUUUACAUGGUUGGGAGUAAUUGAUGAUGAAAAGCAAAAGCAUAUUCUUGCACUAACAUUAGCAAAAAGAUUGAUCAGGGCAGAAGAUUGGAGCUUCAAUGCCAAUUGUGUGAAAAAUCCACUGAUAGAGGCAACAAAACUUGGUAUAAAUGAGUUAGUCGUGGAAAUAAUACAAAAUUACCCUCAAACGGUAGAAACCGUAGAUGAAGACGGAAAUAAUAUACUGCAUAUUGCAGUAGAGCGGAAAAACAGGUUGCUAUUUGAUCUCUUUCUGAAAGAAGCAUCUCACAAAGAUAGAUUGCUUACUGAUACCAAUCUACAAGGAAAGACCAUAAUGCAUUUUGCAACAAAUGUCGGAUCCCCAUUCAACUUUUCUACAGGGGAACCAGCUGAAAAAAUAAUGGGUUACAAAACAUUGAUACUCAUGGCAUGGGGUGUUCUCUGGUUUAAGCGUGUAAAACAUUGUGUUCAUCCACGUUUAUGGACGGUGAAAGACAAUGAUGGCAAGACUGCAAAUGAGUUAUUCGAUAAAAAACACUCAGAGGUAUGUAAAGAAGCACAGAGAUAUAUCAAAGAUUUAGCAGGUGCAGCUCUCAUUCUAUCUACUCUUCUUUGCACGAUCAAUUUUGCUGCGGUUUUUACAGUCCCUGGAGGUUUCAAUGAGAAAACUGGAAUACCUAUUCUCCUCUAUAGAGAACAUUCAGAUCUAUGGAUGUUGAUGUUUUUCUUAGGUGCAGCUCUUUAUGAUUCAGUAUUCACUAUGGGAACUUUGGUUUCAAUACUUCUCUCCAAGUUUGACUCAGAUGAUUUUUAUAUUUGUCUGCCGGUAAAGUUUUGCAUCGUCAUAAUUUCUGUGUAUUACGCCACAGCAUUCACAGUUCUGGGAUGCGUUCAAGCCCUUAAUGUUGAGAAUAUAUUCAAGAACAAAGAUGUCUGGUGGCUAAUUUUUCUUCUAUUAUUUCUUGGAUGGUAUAUGACUUUAAUAGUCCUAGACGUAUGUUAUUUCGUCUUUGAUUAUGUGUACUAUUUCAUUCGUUAUUCGGUUCUUUAUAAAAGAAACAAACAUGUAUUGUGAGUUACCAUAUUUUAUGUUUUAUAAUAUGAUAUUUCAGUUA